GCACUUCUAUCUAUCUUGCAUCUGGAAAGAUAUACAACUCUGAGAAGUAUAUGGCUCCUCUCCUGGAAAUGUUUCCAUUAUUACAAACCAAAGAGAAUUACUCUUCCAGAAUGGCAGCUAUAGACUACACUGUUUGCCUUGACAGUGAAGUUUUUGUACCAACUCAAGGUGGGAACUUUCUGCAAUUACUGCUUGGCCAUCGAAGAUACUUGUAUGGUGGACAUUCGACGACAAUCAGGCCAGACAAGCGGAAGUUGGCAUUGUUAUUUGACAAUCCAAAUAUUGGGUGCCAAAACUUCAAGAGGCAGAUGGUAAAUAUGCGUGUAUAUACUGUCUCGAAAGGCUUGCAGUUGAAGAGACCGAAGGAUUCAAUAUACUCGUUCCCCUGCCCGGUUUGCAUGUGCAAAGCAGACAAGAGCGGAGAUGCAAGAGGGCCACCGGUAUUCUUUGACUGGUUAAAGCAAGGGAUGUGAUGAUUACCCCUAAUUUUAAUGGAGGAUUUAGCUGAUCUACACAGACAAACACUAGAAGUUGAAUACAUCUACUUGUACAAUCAACACUUGUAUCUAAUUGAGGUCCAUUGGCUUCAUCCAACUCCUAAUGUUAGUUCUUGUUUAAAAUGUAUUGCUAAUA